AUGAGCCCCGGGGGCAGCCAGGCUGCCUACCCUGCCCUGCCCCGUUUUCCCUUCUUCUCCCAUCUGAAAAUGGGAGAGACGAUCCAGGCCGCCGAACCUGAACUGCCUUCCUGCCCCCGCUUUGCUCCUCUCUCCCCCCGCUCCGGCUGCAGCCUCGCCCCGACGGUCGCGAAAGGGACCCCACAGCCAGGCGGGGACAUCACCAGGCACCUCACUUUGCCUCUGCUGUCAGUCACCUUCCUGGUGUCCUUUGGCUCCUCUAUGCUCUAUGGCUACAACCUGGCCGUGGUGAACUCACCGGCAGUGGACAUAAAAGCUUUCUACAACGACACGUGGUCCCGGCGGUACGGGCACGGGCUGUCCCCCAGCCUCCUGACCCUCCUCUACUCCCUGACCGUCUCCAUCUUUGCCCUGGGGGGGCUGGUGGGCUCCUUGCUCGUGGGGGUGCUGGUGGAGCGGUACGGCAGGAACGGUGCCCUGAGCCGCAGCGCUCUCCUCAUCCUCCUGGCCGCCGGCCUCAUGGGCUUCAGCCGCGAGCUGGGGUCCCCCGAGAUGCUGAUCAUCGGCCGUGCCAUCACAGGGAUCCACUCAGGUAUCUGUCUCAGCGUGGUGCCCCUCUACGUGGGAGAAAUCGCCCCCAAGAACCUGCGUGGUUUCCUGGGCCUUAUGCCCAGCAUCUUCAUCUGCCUGGGGGUUUUCUUCACGCAGCUCCUGGCCCUUCCGGAGCUGCUGGGCAAGGACAGGUUCUGGCCCCUUUUCCUGUCGGUGGUGGCCGUCCCUGCCUCCCUCCAGCUCCUGCUGCUGCACUGCUUCCCCGAGAGCCCGCGCUACCUGCUGAUAGAGAGGAACGACGUCUGUGGGGCCACCAAAGCCCUGCGUUGGUUCCUGGGGACACCUGACGUGCAGGAUGUGAUCAAAGAGAUGAAGGAAGAGCAGCGGUCGCUCUCCUCCGUGGAGAUGGUGUCCGUCUGGCAGCUGCUGCGGGACCGCUCCGUGCGCUGGCAAACGCUCUCGGUGGUGGUGGUGAACGCUGGCGUGCAGCUCUCAGGCAUCGACGCCAUCUGGUUUUACACCAACACCAUCUUUGAGAACGCCGGGAUCCCCAUGUCCCAGAUCCCCUACACCACCUUGGGCACUGGCAGUGUCGAAAUUGUUGCUGGGCUGGUUGGGUGCCUCACCAUUGAGAAGCUGGGCCGGCGGCCCCUCGUCAUUACUGGCUUCUGCACCAUAGGGAUCUGCUCAGCAGGCAUCACCGUCUCCCUGCUGCUGCAGACAGCCCUGCCCUGGAUGCGCUAUGUCAGCGUUGCCUGUGUGGUCGGCAUCAUCAGCGGCUUCUGCGUGGGACCAGCCAGUGUCCCCUUCCUGAUGACAGCUGAGCUCUUCACGCAGUCGCAUCGCCCGGCCGCCUACAUUGUAGGGGGGUUCCUCAACUGGUCCUGCAACUUCACCAUCGGCUUUCUCUUCCCCUUCUUGGAGAUGUCAGCUGGUGCCUUUUGCUACCUGGUUUUCUGUGGCAUCUGCCUGCUGGUGGCCCUGUAUGUCUACCUCAUCAUCCCAGAGACCAAGAACAAAACCUUCAUGGAGAUCAGACACAUCUUUGCCAGCCGUUCGUCCUUCCUCUCCCUCCCCAGCCACCUCACCAGAGUGAUAAAGUUCAAGGGCUAUGGAGCCUUGGAGAGCAGCUCCCUGGAGGGCUCGAGCUUAGGCUCCAGCCUGCCCUGAUCUGACUGGGCUGGGGGAUGAUGGGUAUGGUGUAGGAGGUCUGGGGAGGGAAGUGGGGGCCAGUUUGCAUGGACUUAAUCAGCUCUGCAUGUCCCAGGACAUCUCACCAUGCUGCAGCCGGAGGUCAGGAUAAGCCCUGAUGACGCACCAGGGUUGCAGCAGCCACUCUGCAUCAUCCCCAUGCUGGAAGAGGUGCCCUCCCAGAGACAAGAGGACCUCCUGGGGGCAGGGGUUCACAUGGUUCCUGGGCAUGGGGACUUUCCAAGAGCUGCCUGCACAAGCUGUUUAAUAAAGAGUCUUG